GCCACCUCUGGGCUCCCCUGGGCCGGCCCCGCCCCUGGGCUGCGCUGGAAGCAGGGGCGGGGCCAGGCGCCCCAGAGCCGCAGGCGGGAGGGCUGGGGAGCAAGCAGGUGGAGGGCUGGCGGCGGCGGGGCUACGGUGGCUCGGCCUGCGGGUCCGGAGCUCGACUCCCACCUCUCCCCUCCCGGCCCGCCCGCCAUGCCUGCCAGCCCUUUGCCUUUGCCGGGGCUCCCUCCUGACCAGCCUCCCCUCCCCGUCUGGUUGGGAUUUGGGAGCUGAGCCGUCUGGGUCCCUAGGGCCAAUGCAGUGCCGGCUCCUCCGGGGCCUGGCCGGAGUCCUCCUCACCCUUCUGUGCAUGGGGCUCCUCUCCCUACGGUACCGCUCAAGCCCGUCCCCGCAGCGUGUGCCCGACACCCCCGAGCUGAGCCCGCCAAGCCCUCGGCCCUCCGAGCUGCAGCUCCACGAUGUCUUCAUCGCAGUCAAGACGACCCAGGCCUUCCAUCACUCCCGCCUGGAGCUGCUGCUCAACACGUGGGUCUCCAGGACCAGGGAACAGACGUUCAUCUUCACUGACAGCCCAGAUGAAGUCCUCCAGGAGAGACUGGGGUCCCACCUUGUGGUCACCAACUGCUCUGCGGAGCACAGCCACCCUGCCCUGUCCUGCAAGAUGGCCGCUGAAUUUGAUGCCUUCUUGGCCAGUGGGCUGAGAUGGUUCUGCCAUGUGGAUGACGACAACUAUCUGAACCCCAGGGCGCUGCUGAAGUUGCUGAAAACCUUCCCCCAGACCCGCGACGUCUAUGUAGGCCGCCCUAGCCUGAAUCGGCCAAUUCACGCUUCGGAGCCGCAACCUCACAACCGCACAAGGCUGGUACAGUUCUGGUUUGCCACCGGGGGUGCUGGCUUCUGCAUCAACCGCAAACUGGCUUUGAAGAUGGCCCCCUGGGCCAGUGGCUCCCACUUCAUGGACACAUCUGCCCUCAUCCGGCUGCCCGAUGACUGCACUGUGGGUUACAUCAUUGAGUGCAAGCUGGGCGGCCACCUGCAGUCCUGCCCCCUCUUCCACUCCCACCUGGAGACCCUGCAGCUGCUGGAGGCUGCCCAGCUCCCAGAGCAGGUCACCCUUAGCUACGGCGUCUUUGAGGGGAAACUCAACGUCAUUAAGCUCCAUGGCCCCUUCUCGCCUGAGGAGGACCCCUCCAGGUUUCACUCCCUCCAUUGUCUCCUCUACCCGGAUACUCCCUGGUGCCCGCAGCUGGUGGCCUGAUGAACCCUGAACCUCUGGGCAAAGACUGGGCUGAGGCUCUCUGGUUGUCCUUAGCCUCCCAGGCAGCCUUGAGGGCCCGUGGCAGGUCUUGUGUGUGUGUAAGGGGGCAGUCCCUGGCAGGGCCUCUGAGAGAUGAGCAAGACCAGGAUUGGAUGAUGACUGGUGCUAAAUGCAUCUCAAGCCCCUGGGAGGUGUGUUGCACAGCCCAGGACUGGGGGCACCAAGUAAGAGCCAGAGAGGCCUCAAUGGCUGGGCCUCCAUGGGCACUGGGUGGCUGAACUGAAUGAGGAUGGAAGGUCCUUAAGCUACUUGGGCUCAGGAAUCCUAACCCUCAAGAGAAUUAAUUACCUGGGCCCCUGGGUGUGCAGAGCCAGCAGCUCUGGUCUCUCAGUUCCUCUCCUGGGAUCAAAUACUGGGCCAUUUACUCCUGGCUUCCUUGGCUGGAUCCUCAAGCACUGAGGGGACCCAAGUGGAAGAAGGGCAGAAUCCACAGAGUCUGUGGCAGAUAAUGUUGUUGCUGACCAGUCUCCAGCCCCUGCUCCCCACCUGAUGUUGUUUGGAGCAUCAGCAUGUCCAGACCCAGAUGAUGAAUCAGAAUGGGUCCCAGCCCAUCAUGAUGUUCCUGUUGCUCACUUUCCCAGCUUCCCUUGCUAUUAGGAGCUACUACAUGGCCCAGCUAUGGCCAGAGCCAGAUCUCUGUUAGUGCAACUUAAGCAAAGCCAAUAGAGAGGCUUCUGGGGAAAGUUUUGUAGCCCUAUACCCCAUCUUCCUACUGCAAAUGUGGGUGUGAUGUCUGGGUCUAGGGCAGCCACCUUGCUGCCAUGAAGGGAAUGCCAAGACAAUCAUUUCCACAGCUGCCUCUUCCAACAUCUGGUUCUGUAAGAAGAUUAAACCUUUAUUUGUUUAAGCCUU